AUGGCGGAAGCAGAGUACAUAGCAGUAUGUGCAGCAACANCUGGGUUUGUGAUAGAAGGCAAAGAAGAAAAGGUAUUAAAGCUCUACAAAGCUUUAUAUGGUCUUAAACAAGUCCCAAGAGCAUGGUAUGGAAGAAUAGAUUCUUACUUCAUUCAAAAUGGUUUUGAAAGAAGUAUGAAUGAUGCGGCUUUGUACAUUAAGAAGAAAGAAGAAGACGUGUUGAUCGUUAGCUUAUACGUCGAUGAUCUCAUCAUCACCGGAAACAAUGUUCAACUCAUCAACACAUUCAAGGAGAACAUGAAGAGCGAAUUUGAGAUGACUGAUCUUGGUUUGCUGAACUACUUCCUUGGGAUGGAAGUAAUCCAAGAUGAUCGUGGCAUAUUUCUUUCACAAGAAAAAUAUGCAAACAAACUUAUUGAUAAGUUUGGGAUGAAGGAGAGCAAGAGUGCAAGCAUUCCACUUACACCACAAGGAAAAAGAAAAGGAGGAGAAGGUGAAGACAAAGAAUUUAGAGAUCCAUCGAAGUAUCAAAGCAUUGUUGGAGGACUUUUGUACUUGUGUGCAUCAAGACCUGAUGUGAUGUAUGCAAGUUCCUAUCUAUCAAGAUACAUGUCAUCACCACGCAUGAAGCACUAUCAAGAAGCCACAAGGGUGUUAAGAUACGUCAAGGGAACCUCAAGCUUUGGCGUGUUCUUUACAAGAAAAGAGACACCAAGGUUAAUAGCUUACUCGGACAGUGAUUGGGGUGGUUGUCCUGAAGACAAGAAAAGCACCACAAGAUAUGUUUUUAGUCUUGGAUCAGCUAUGUUUUGUUGGCAGUCAUGUAAGCAGCAAACAGUGGUUCAAUCAACGGCGGAAGCAGAGUACAUCGCAGUAUGUGCAGCAACAAAUCAAGCCAUAUGGUUACAAAGACUAUUGGAAGACUUCGGUUUAAAGCUUGAAGAAGGGACUCCCAUCUUUUGUGACAACAAGUCUGCAAUAGCAAUUGGAAGAAAUCCGGUGCAACAUCGAAGAACAAAACACAUAGAGAUCAAGUACCAUUUCGUGAGAGAAGCUGAGCACAAAUGA